CGACUACCUCAACAACGUCUAUGAUGGAAGUUCCUCAUCAUCGACUACCACGGAUGCCUUGUUAAGGCCACCAUUUAGUGUCGAUCUUUCCAUGAUCCAUGCAAAUGCGUUAUCUUGAAUAGAGAUAUACAGCGAUCAAUUCUGGGUGGACUAUUCCCUUUUAUGGAUCAUCCCUUGCAUUCUUUUCAUGGGGUCGAGGUGAGGGGAGGACCGAGAUGAAAAAUCAGCUGGCUCUAACCUUGGAGGACGAGGAGGAAGAGGAUUCUCACCACCCACCAGAAUCGAUGGAGAAAACUAAGAUGGAAAAAACUAAGAGUUCCUGGAAAGCAGACAGUACAGAUAGAAGAAGGAGGACGAAGACCAGAAGACGUUAUGAUAAUGAAACGUGAGUAGUGAGGACCAGAAAACGUUUUGAUGAGAAUGAGUAGUAGGUGAUAUGAAUAAUGAGAAGAGAAUUAGUUUAUAAAGUUUUUCCUUUUUUGUUUAUGCUUACCUCCUUUGUCUACUUUGUGGCUAUGAUAUAAAAUGAAAGGUGUCGGUCCUGCACAGACUUUCAAAAUAGUAUGUUUUCCCUGUCAACAACUCUUCCCAGUUGAAAUGGUUGAAAAUGAAAACACUUGCUGGUAGAGUAUGUCUUACUCUCCUUUCGGUUUUUUCCUUCCCAUCACCUCCGUCGGCCAAUUUUGAUUUCCUUGUCCUCUAUUCCAGAUAUCAGAGGAGAAAACGAACAUUUGAUUUCCUUGUCCUCUAUUCCAGAUAUCAGAGGAGAAAACGAACAUUUUUUCUGCUCACGCAGAAUCACGACGAUUCCUUUGUUGUAGUAGGGCUACUGGCGUAUCAACUUUCGCGCCAUACUAGCAUUCCAUAUACUGUUCUGUUACAUCUAUCUCCUAUUCGGAUUCCUUUGUUGUAGUAGGGCUACUGGCGUAUCAAAAUAUACUGUGCUAUUACAACAUCUAUCUUCCUCCAAGAACUGCUCUUCUUCUAACAGAUGGCAGCACAAGGAAGAUCUUUCAUGGAGUUUGAAU